AUGUCUUCGUUAUUACCGGCCAAUUCAAAAGUAGCAGUUCUAGGAGCAGGUAUCCUGGGCUUGUCAUUCACUUAUUUCCUCAGCAAGCUCCGUCCUGAUUUGCAAUUCCACGUAUUUGAAAAAUCAAGCAGGCCAGCUGGAUGGAUCAACUCAUCUUACUUGCACGUUGACUCCUCGGGCCAAGACAUAGUACUUGAAAAAGGACCACGAACAUUGCGUGGGAUCAAGGACGGUACGCUUAUCAUUCUUGAUAUCCUUCGUGAAUUGGGAUUACUGGAUGAGAUUCAAGUCGUGCACGCCAAUUCGCCGGCUAAUAAAAAGUACAUUAUGAACCAAGCCGGUGAGGUUGUGCAGGUUCCUAACUCGAUAAGUACCUUGUUCAAGUUCUUGACGAAGGUCAAUGUGGUUGAUCCCAGUUUGGUAUGGGGUAUUCUUAAAGAACCGUUUGUGAAGCCAAACCUUGAAGAUGAGACUGUGGAACAGUUUAUAAAGAGGCGGUUUGGCAGUGAUGUGCUAACGGACAAUGUCGUGAGUGCCAUUUUCCAUGGUAUAUAUGCCGGGGAUGUUGGAAAACUAAGUGUUAGUACUGUUCUCCCCCAAUUGAAAGAUAUGGAAAGAGAAUCAGGAUCAAUUAUAAGACAUAUAUUGAAACUAAUGAGAGCCAAGAAGAAGGAAACAGGGUUAUCAUCUAAUUUACAAACUUAUGAAAGCUUAAUAUCACCCAAUGCAAACUUUGUUGGAUUGAAAACCCAAGCAAAAAAUUGUCCAAUGGUUUCAUUACAACAUGGUUUGGAAGUAUUGCCUCAUCAACUAACUGAAUACUUGGCUAAACGUGAUAACAUAACUUUCCACUACAAUACACCUAUAACUGAAUUAGAUCCGGUAAAGGGAACAGUCAAUGGAGAAAAGUUCAACCACAUUCGGUCAACUAUAAACGUGAAUCUGGUUGCCAAGGCAUUACCCAGCACCAAUUCACUUGUUCCUCAUUUGAAAUCUGUUAAUUAUGGUACUGUAUUCUUAUGUAACAUUUACACUAAAGGAUCCAACAAGUUGAUCCCGGCUGACAAAAGCGGGUUUGGGUUCUUAGUUCCAAGAUUUAGAAAUGUCCAUUCAAACCCACAGGCUCUUUUAGGGGUGAUUUUCGAUUCUGAAGUGGAAAAAAAUGCCGUUGGAUUGUUUAACAAAAUUGACAAGAAGGAAUUAGAUUAUGAUAAGAUUACAAUUAUGAUGGGAGGGCACUAUUAUUCACAAUGGGGGAUGCCUUCUCAAUCUAUAAACAUAAAGAUUGUUAAACAAGUUCUUGAAGCUCAAUUGAAGGUUGACUUGUCUAAAUUUAACAUUAGGGUUGUCGAUGGAGACACUGUUGAAGAUGUCAAGGAUAAUGACUUAAUUAUUUCGUGUAAUUAUCACAGAGACGCUAUUCCACAGUAUGAAGUUGGGUAUGUGGAGACUCAUCGUGAAGUGGAUCAAAUCGUCAAGGAUGGCCAAUACCUUCUUUCCUUUGGCGGGACUGUAUUUGGUGAUGGAUUGGGUGUGCCUGACUGUGUCAUCAAUGCAUUCAAAGAUGCUUUAAAAUUACGUUAA